AUGAUCGUCAGCAAAGUUGUUAGGACAGUUCCUAUGUAUCGGUACAUUGCGCAGCGAUCGACCUCUAGCAAAAUAUGCUUAAUUCCCGGUAUCGGUACCCGUCUUGAAAAAGUCGCCACCGCCACCUACGAUGGGGGCGAUAAUAGUACUGCCGGUGGCAUAGCGGCAGCGGGCGCUAGCAUGCCACUGGUACCGCCUCGUGAUGCGAUGGCUGAAUGGGCGUCCACUAGUCCUUAA